AUGUGUAUGUGGGUGUCUGUGCCGGACAGUAACAUCCAGAAGAAGAUAGACCAUGAGAUCCGGAUGCGUGACGGGGCCUGUAAGCUGCUGGCUGCCUGCUCCCAGAGAGACCAGGCCCUAGAGGCCUCCAAGAGCCUGCUCACCUGCAACAUCCGCAUCAUGGCCUUCAUGUCAGAGCUGCAGAGGAUGAAGGAGGCCCAGGUCAUGCAGAGGGUCGCACUAAGGUCAGCGGAUGCAGGGCCCACGGACGACAGACUACCCUGUAAAGGAAAGGUGGCCAUCUCAGACCUGCGGAUCCCUCUCAUGUGGAAAGACACAGAGUACUUCAAGAAUAAAGGAGAGCUGCAUCGGUGUGCAGUGUUCUGUCUGCUCCAGGUGGGGGCGGAGAUCCACGACACAGACAUGGUGAUAGUGGACCGGACACUCACCGACAUCUGCUUUGACAACACCAUAGUGUUCAGCGAGGCCAGCCCGGGAUUUGAGCUGCGCGUGGAGAUGUACAGCUGCUGUUCAGAGGAGGACUACUCGACAGGGAGCACGUCUCGGAAACUAGCCAGCAAACUGAGCAGCUCUCUGGGCCGUUCGGCAGGGAAGAAGCUCCGCGUCGCCAUGGACCCUGGAGCCUGCAGCCCCAUCAGCAACGGAGGAGGAGCCACGCUGCUGCUGCCUCUGCCCACAGUGGUGGGACCGAAGUACCAUCUCUUGGCCCACACCACCCUGUCACUGUCACACGUCCAGGACAGCUUCCGCACACAUGACCUCAGCAUCUCGGGCAACGAGGAGUGUUCACACUGGGUGCCUCUCUACGGCAAUGUGUGUUGUCGCCUGGCUGCCCAGCCUCACUGUAUGACCCAACAGAUGAUGAGCGGCUGCUUGAAGGUCAAGUUUGGAGGUGACCCUCAGAGUUGGACAAACGUCUACGGCGUCCUUAAAGGGACAAACCUUUUCUGUUACCACCGGCAAGAGGAUGUAGAGGCUAACAUAGAGCCGGCUUUUACCAUUUCCAUCAAUAAGAAGACGAGAAUACGGGCGUCAGAGAAGGACCGCCACAAUAAGGCCCAGAGUAUCUGUAUCAGUAACCAUUAUGGAGGAGAGGAGGUGACACACACACUCUCAGCAGACAGUCGUGAAGACACACACCGCUGGAUGGAGGCCUUCUGGCAACAGUUCUAUGACAUGAGCCAAUGGAAGCAGUGCUGUGACGACUUAAUGAAGAUUGAGCUGCCAUCGCCCCGGAAACCAACCCUGGUCACAUCGAAACAGGGUUCUCUUUACCACGAAAUGGUUAUUGACACCUCUGAUGACAUCAGUACGGUGACGGACAUCCUGGCGCGGCGGAUGGAGGAGCUGGAGCUGAGGAGCCAGCUGGGGACCUCUCCUCCCUGGAUGUCCCUGUUCGAGGAGUCUCCUGGUUGCCCCCGCACCCACAACCGCCUCCCCCACAGCCCCCUGCGCUGCCCCCGGCCCGGCCUGCUCUCCUCAGAAGCCAGCCUGACCUCGGACAGCGACAGCCCCUGCAGCACCAGCCCUUGCUCCCGCUACAGUGGCUGGGCAGAGCCCCUCUCCCUCUCCUCCCCCUCCUCACACUUCCGCCCCCGCACCCUCUCCCUGGACGCCAAGCUCAGCACCCUCAGGGGCAGGGGGUAUGGAGGGGUGUUACAGUGCUCCUGUCAGCCCCCCUCCUCCUCCUCCCUUGCCCCCAUCCCAGCCCAAUGCGUCCCCCAGGCCACCCUGUCCUGCUCCAGCUCUACCUCCAGUAACAGCUCCAGCGAGGGCAGCCACAGCCCUGAGUUGUCAGACGGCACCCCUUUCUCACGCCCCUCUUCGGCCCGUCAGAGCCUCAGGAACUUGAGGGCUAAACUGGACCCCCGGAAUUGGCUCCAGAGCCAGGUAUAACCCAGCUCAGACCCCACUC